AUGGGCAAGUGUUGCGGGUUUCAUACUGCCAGGAAGUUGCACAGUCACCAACAUGAUCAGAAGUGGCACGACAAACUAUGCAAGAAUCCCCACCUGGGCACUGCUUUGAAAGCCAACCCUUUUGGGGAAGUUACAGCUGCCCAUGCCAAAGGAAUUGUCCUUCCUGGGAAAGCUGGCAUGGAGGCUAUGCAGCCAAAUUCUGCUAUCAGGAAGAAUGUCCGAGUUCAGCUGACCAAGAAUGGCAAAAAUAGAACAGCAUUUGUUCCUAAUGAUGGUUGUCUGAACUUCAUUGAGGAGAACGAUGAAGUUCUGGUUGCUAGCUUUGGUUGGAAAGGUCAUGCUGUUGGCGACAUUCCAGGAGUUCGUUUCAAGGUUGUCAAAACAGCAAAUGUUCCUCUGUCAGCCUUGUACAAAGGCAAAAAGGAGAGACCCUGGUCGUAA